AUGGUAUCACUUUUAUCCCCAGUGAAUAGUCCAUCCGUCCUGUCGACUUCACGAUGGGAUCCUCAGAUCCCACUGUUCAAGCUGCUGGCCAAACUACCUGACCCACAUCCCAGACAACCUACGGAUCUUGUGAUAGCGUUCGGCACAAUCUUCUUCAUGCAGUUGAUGCUCUCGACACCACAUACGGGUGGGUGGGGCUUGUUGAGGAUGGGGAUUGUAGCGCCAAUCUGUUUCGGGGCGUUCAUGUAUCUGAUAACGUGUCAGGUUGAGAAGGAUGAUAUGACUCAUUGGGGUGCUUCGAUCUUAUCAUUCAUAUACAUGAUGCGAAUAUUAGAGUAUUUCGUUUUCUUCCCUCCAGAACAACACUGUCAUCGCAUUAUUCCCAAAUCCCAUUUUCACCCACCCGUCGGACCGCUGGAACUACCAGUUCAUGGCAACGAUAAUCAGCCUUCUGAAGAUGAAAACGAAGUGUUGAUACCUGAACCUGUACCUCGACCAUUCACUUUAGCCAAAUUUUACUGGGCUGGUAGCCUCAUUUGGUCUUAUAGGGGUAUCGGAUGGGCACACCAAUGUCCUUUGCCCCGCUCUUCAACUCAACAUCCAUAUACCCGUAAAUCAUCGUUUAAAGAAUGGUUAAAAAUCCAAUUACCAUACUACAUCGCCACGUACCUUAUAGAAGAUCUUUGUCGAGCAAUACGGAACGUCAUAGGAAACGAUUUCUUCUCAGGCCCGAAUCACUUACCCUAUGAUUCCCUCACACAGUCUCAGAGGGCGGUGUAUUCCAUCGCGGUGGUAUCGAGAAUUCAUUUCGGGUUGAUACUUACCUGGUUCAAUACGGCUGUGUGUAUGAUAGUCCUAGGGAAGAUAUUGGGAUGGAAAGGAGAAUUGUGGGAGCCAUGGGGAUGGCCUCCUAUGUUUGGUUCGUUGGAGAAUUUGUGGGUACAUCCUGGGCUGUCUACAAUGUGGUCCAAGACAUGGCACGGAUAUAAUCGAAGGUGGUUAUACGUCCUGGGAUGGAUAGGUAUUGGCGAGAACAUCCUCGGACUGACCCAUACCGGUAUAUCAUCUCAUCCUUCUAUCCCUCCUCAACCUGAACAUCAACGAAACAACAAGUCGAGCGGUACAUCAUCCCCUUCCGAGUCCGGCAGGGUGUCACCUUCCCAUCCUAUAGCCUCAUCAAGCUCUCCCGACGAACCGAACAGGGCAAUAUCCACCAAAUUGGUUAUUUCCAAUCUUGUCAAGUCAUUCAUAACGUUCCUCCUAUCAGGCACGAAUCAUGAUGCAGGAAGCCUUGCUUUACUCAUCAAGAACCAUCCUCGUACCGAACCUGUAUAUCUGAACGAUCUGUUCAGAUUGACCCCGUUUUUCAUCCUUCAACCUGUUGGAUUGGCUUUGGAAGCUCUCGUCAAAUCCAUCUACCGAUCGAAUAAAAAAAGAUUCGUAGACAGAGGCAAAGAGCCGAGCUGGCUGGUCUUUACAGAAAGGUUGAUAGGGUUCGUCUGGACAUGGACGUGGCUAGGUUGGACGGCGAGUCACUUCGUAGAAGGAAUGGCUCAUCUCGGGGCGUAUAGGAGAGAUGGGGAUAGAGAUUUGUACUUUAGUCUGUGGGGUGGGCUAGUAUGGGGUAAAUGGAUGAUCUGA